AUGGCGUCGGAACAAACACCAGAAGCCAAAGAGCUUGCUCUGGUGGGCAAGGUCGAGAUGCGCAUUGCACUUGCUAGCUCAGAGAAGAAGCUCGAAGACUUGCUCAAAGUCUAUCUCUCCCCACUACUACUCAAACUCGGUUCAGAUAGCGUCGCUGUACGGAAUAAGGUCAUCUCUAUUUGCCAACACAUCAACACCCGCAUCAAGUCGCAAGAUAUCAAGCUCCCCGUGGGCGCUCUCCUAAAGCAAUACAAAGAGAAUCCUGAUAUCUCUCUUAUACGGCAUUUCGACAUUCUUUACAUCCAGCAGGGCAUAUCGCGACUUACAGUUGCCGAACGACUAGAGCUUCUCCCCAUUCUACUGCAGGGCAUCGCUAAAGACUAUGAAAAGUCGGAGCAACAUGCCUCUCAACUAUUUCAUCUCAUCCUUCGUCUUCUGGUUCACUUCAAGCUUCCUCUCCGUGGUAGCAAGGAGGACGACGAGCUAAGAACGACUUUGGGUCUUUCCGAUGAUGAUGCGGCCUUCCUCUCCAAGUGGUUCGGAAAACUGCUUAUGUUGAGCAUUAUACGAGAGAGCAACCCCCAGGCUCAAGCCUCGUUACGCUGUCCUGGCUUAUCUUCCGAUGACUACAAGUUUCUGACACUUCAGGGCAAGCCAGACGCUUGGGAUCCCACCUCAGAUGCAGGACUGAACUUGACAGAAUCCAAGGCCCUAGUCACGCGCUUCAUGGCAAGUGGAAUGUUCAAGGAGGAUGAGAAGUUCCUGCCCGCGCUGUUCGCAUCUGCUGAUACCAACUCUCGGAUAUCAGAAGUUGGUGAGGACACCUUGAAACGUGUAAUGUUGUCGAAGGACCUUGAACAACCGGAGGUUGUGGAGACUUUAUUCGACCUCUACUUUGGCUCAAGCUCAUCGAGUGGAUCGCUUCCUGUAAAGACACCCCUACAAAUCAGGAUACUAAACGUCUUGUCAAGGUCUGCCAGGUGCACUGCAUAUCCACAGCAGAUAGCGAGGCUUGUAGAAGAAGGUCUCCUCUCGCCCGAACUAAAUGCGACAAAUAAGACAGCCGGUAGGGAAGCUUCCAAGUUCCGUUCAGCUAUCUUCUCCCUUGUCAACUUCGUCGCUCGUCGUGGCAAGUCAUCCGAUCUUUCCCAGGUUGCCGAGAGUCUGGUAGGAAACCUAAGAGCUUUCAUCCAAGACCAAGGCUGGCCAACUCCUGAUCGCGAUCAAGAUAUGGAGUUGAGGGGCUAUGGCUAUGAAACCAUUGGGCUGUUAGCGAAAGCCGCCCCAGAGAAGAUUCUACUAGAACCGUCUCUGGAUCUGCUAGAGUUCUUGUUUCGAUCUCUUCGCGAAGAUUCAGCGGGUAAAGACGUAGCCGUCAGUAUAGAGGAAGCUCUUUCUUCAGUACUGGGCGCAUUCUCAAAACCUUUCGAUCAUUCUGUCAUGCCCAGAUUUCGGCAGAUACUGCUGAGAUAUGCAUCUGUAGAUCAGGAGAGCACACCAGCUUCAAGUCGAUUUACAAGAAGCACUCGCUAUGUUGCAACACGGUUCGCGAAUCGCUGCCUUCCAUAUGAAGAUGUGCUGGCGCGGUGGAUUGAUAUUCUCGCGGUUAGUGGAGGUGCUUCUGAAAGACAUGAGGUCAUAGAGGAAGGACGGCGUGGUCUCGAUCCAUACUGGUUCAGAAUGUCUAACACGCCGCCUGGUGAACGUGAACAGAAUACGUUGACAUUUCCGGACUUCGACAAGUUGGUCAACUUCAUCAUCGUACAACAAGGGCAGGACGAGGAUGCCAUGGACAUAGAUGAGUCGGAGGACUCUCUUGUCCAGAUACAACACUUCUACCAGCAAUACCCUGGGGCUCUGCCGAUCGUCAUCAAUUUCUGUUCCAGCAUCGCUAUGCAGUCUGCGCUACUUGACAAAGAGAUGGCCGAAGAAGUCCCAGAAGACUGGGAGAGGAAGCUUGAUACCCAGAUGACCACGGAUAUGCGCGCCCGGCAAGCGUUUCGUGCAUAUGCGGCAGAUAAGGCCCACGCUCGAUCGCUUGCAGUGAUAUUGCGAGCCAGUUUCGACAGACUCACAAAAGAUGAUGUUAGUGACAUCGGCGACAUUGGUACUUCUUUCGUACGAAUGCUGUCUCUGCUACCGCAGCGUCAUUGGGUUCAAGCGAACGUCGUCCGAGAUUUCCGCGCUUUACAACCCUCUAUUAUAGCCAACAACGCCGGACGACGACUCGCCGCUGCCCACGCAUAUGGAUUGCUAGCGUCCCACGACAGCAUUGAUCAAGAUGCUCUUCAGUCCGCUCAAGUAGUCUUCUUCGAAAAGCUCAGCACUUGGAAGUCAGCAGUCGGUGCCGAUAUCAACCAGAUCAGCGGCAUUAUCCUAGCACUUGGCUACUACUACAGCAGGGCAUUCUGGAGAAGUGGUGCGGCAUCUACAACCAUCACAGAUGAUCAUCCGAUCCAACAACUGUUACAGUCUGUUGUUGAGAUUUUGAAAGAAUCUCGGGACGCAACCCUGAAGGGUGCUGCCUUUUCUUGUAUCGAUCAGCUCAGUCUGUUCUAUGUUAUCACCCCAUCAUUACUUUCCAAGUACGCAAAGGUCGAAGAUGUUGCUCAACAUAUCUACGACUCUGCCAAGACAGGCACGACCAGUGCCAUUCUGGCUUUAGGUCAUCUUUCUAUGAUCACAGAUGAAGCCGAAGACGGUGCUGAGGAAGCAGCAGAAUAUAAGGCCAUCGGUGACAAGCUCUAUGAGCUGCACGAGGUCCGUCAGCCGGAGGUACACUUUUCUGUCGGUGAAGCGUUGAGCUGUUUCGCUAGUGGUUGGGACUCAAAGGCUCUGACUUCUGAGCUCGAUAUUCUACAUCCAAGCCAACCGCAGGAGCCGUGGGAUGCGCCUCUACAGACACCGUCUGGACCUAAGCGCGAGAAGACACUUGGUGCAGUUUUGGAGAAGACCUUGAAGGGCUGUGUUCAAACUAAACCCUCACUGAAGAAAGCUUCUGUGAUAUGGCUACUCUGUCUUCUACAGUAUUGUGGUCACAAGCCCGAGAUGCAAGGCUAUCUAGGCCAAUGUCAGGUAGCGUUCAAGAACUGUCUCUCUGAUCGCGACGAGGUUGUCCAAGAAGCAGCUUCACGAGGAUUAGGCUUGGUAUACGAGAAGGGCGAUCGCCAGCUCAAAGAUGAUCUCGUCCGCGACCUCGUCGGUUCCUUUUCGGACAACAAAUCCAAGAUGGCUGGUACUGUUACGGACGAUACUCAGCUUUUCGAGCCUGGUGCGCUGCCCACUGGAGAUGGGUCGAUCACAACAUACAAGGACAUCUUGAACCUGGCAGCUGAGGUUGGUGACUCAAGUUUGGUAUACCGCUUCAUGUCAAUGGCAUCCAACAACUCUAUCUGGUCAAGUCGAGCUGCAUUUGGUCGCUUUGGCUUAAGUAACAUCUUCUCCGAUUCCAGUGUUGACGGAUAUCUGGCACAAAAUCCCAAGCUUUACCCAAAGCUCUAUCGGUAUCGGUUUGAUCCAAACACGAACGUUCAGCGUUCGAUGAACGACAUUUGGAACGCGCUUGUCAAGGACUCUUCAGCAACUAUUGACAAGCACUUUGAUGCGAUAAUGGAUGAUCUUCUAGUCAGCAUACUCACAAAGGAGUGGCGCGUCCGCCAGGCCUCUUGCGCAGCAAUCGCGGACCUCGUACAGGGUCGAAGCAUCGAAAAGUACGAGAAGUAUCUCGACGCAAUUUGGGGCAAGACUUUUAAGGUCCUUGAUGACAUCAAGGAGACUGUACGCGUCGCAGCAGCAUCUCUCGCCCGUGUCCUCACUGGCAUACUGACACGUUCUCUCGAAGCUGGUGACGCUUCAAACAAAUCCGCGACUAUCCAGCUCGAGCGCGUUAUACCAUUCCUGUUUUCCACCUCCGGAUUGGAGUCGUCAGCUGAAGAAGUCCGUCUCUUUUCGGUACACACAUUACUCCAGAUCGUCAAGAAGAGUAAUGCCAAAACGCUUAAUCCACACGUUCCAGAGCUUGUCGAACGUUUGCUCGGAUUGCUCAGUAGUUUAGAGCCUGAAGCCGUCAACUACGUGCACCUCAACGCCAGCAAGUACAACCUCACGGAGCAAAAGAUCGACGACAUGCGACUUGCAAGCGUGCGCUCAUCGCCACUGACCGAAUCCGUGGAGCGCUGCCUUGAUCUAGCCGAUGCAGACACCAUGGCUGCACUUGUACCUCGUAUUGAGGCUGCAAUGAAGAAUGCAGUUGGUCUGCCGUCCAAAGUAGGAUGUUCGAGAAUUCUGGUUACGCUUGCUACACGGCACCGUUUCUUAUUCAACCCGUAUGCCGACGGCUUCCUGAAGUUGAUCCAGAAGCAAAUCCAUGAUCGCAACGAGACAGUUAGCUCUUCGUAUGCGGCUGCAGCUGGCUACCUUGCACGUCUCGCCUCAGAUAAGCAGAUCAUGUCCACCGUCGCGUUUGUGCACAAGUUGUACUUUGAAUCCGAAGAGAACAGCGACAGAAAUCGCCUGCUAGCAGCAGAUAUCAUGCGCGCGAUCUCCUUGUACGCUACAGACCGUUUCACCUCUUUCGCAUCUGAGCUACUCCCAUUCAUCUUCCUGGCUAAACACGACUCCGAAGAGCAAGUCCGAAAGAGUUUCACGGAGACAUGGGAUGAUCACGUCGCAGGUCCACGUAGUGUUUCUCUCUAUCUCAAAGAAAUUCUUGCUCUCUCGGAAACCCAUCUAGAAAGCAGACAGUGGGCCAUCAAACACACUGCUGCUAAGACUGUUGCAGACUGCGUCCUGCAAAUUACCAACGCUGUCGGUAGCGAGAAGAUUGAACCCGCCACCGCGAAAGUUAUCUGGCCUGUACUCGACAAAGCCCUAAGUGGGAAGAGCUGGGAAGGGAAAGAAGUCGUGUUAGAAGCAUUUGUACGGUUUGUGGAGCGUUCAGAAGCGUACUGGCAGGCUGGAGAAAACACGGAUGUGGCCAAACAGUUAGGGAAGGUUGCAACAAGGGAGAGUAAGAGACAAGAAGGCAAGAAUGAGAAGGUUGUUGCUGAGGUAUUGGGAAAGCUAAGAGAGCAUUUGAGCCUGUAG